AUGUAUUCUUUGCAUACAUGUUUAAUGGAAAGUAGUCUAAUGGCUGAAUCUUGAUUUCAUUCUCUCUUGUUUAAUUCAGUUUCUUUUACUGUUUUUACUUACAAUCUUUGUGUGCUGAGUUUUUGCCAAUCUGUCAUAGACUUAGAUUAAUCAGAUUGUUCUUGAUAUUUGGACAUUGUGAUCGGUUUGAUCACAUCACAUUUUUAAUUAUUUUUUUCAAAGGAGAAAAGCGACGGUAUUUGGAUUGGAAGUUCGAGCCGAACCCGACCCGACCCGACCCGUUCAGCGCAUCCUCCUUUCUUCCCCUCCGUCUUCUCUUAUUAUUCCUAAACCCUGAAAUAGAGAAAAAAAAAGGGUUUAAGAGAAAGGAAGUGAAAAUGUGGAAGAAGGUGAUUAGCUCCGUAAUCCAGAACCACCCAUGGAGGAUGCUACCAACUAGGAGCUCAACCAGCGUCUCCUCCGCUGUCAACUCCAUGAUUCUCCGUUCUCUCAAAGAACACUAUCACGAAGUCUCCAAAAUGAGCCCUCCCCCUAAAGUGAAUCCUCCAUCCUCGUUCACGAUCCUGAAGGGAGCGUUGGACGGGAACGGUCCGGUCCUGAGGAAAAGCUACGGUGAAGAGGAGAUCAGUAUAUCUGUAAUGAGAAUGGCCAACAUUAUCCCCCGUGCCGAUAAAGACGAUGAUGGUGACGUUGACGAUGAAGAUAUCAAUCAAUUGUUUAUUCACGUCGAUAUUUCGAAGCCCGGACAGUCGGAUUCUCUGCAUUUUCUUUGUGGGUUGUAUCCCGAUGCUUUGGGGAUUCACUCUGUUUCCAUGAGACCCAAGGACGAGAAUUUUGCUUCAGUUUCUAUGACAGUUCCUUCCACUUACAACGGCCCUGUUUUCGAAGACAUUGAUGAGAGGAUGAGAGAUGCAUUCCAUGGCUACAUAGAGGAGCGAGGUGUAAAUGAUAGUCUCUUUCUAUUUCUUCAAGCAUGGCUCUAUGUAAAAGAUCACAGAAACCUUAUGCGGUGGUUCAAAUCAGUGGGAACAUUCAUAACCGAAAACAAGUCAACUAAAGAAGCUUAGUUUUAUAAAAUAGUUUAGGAUAUAGGUGUGUCAAAUCUUAUACUAGAUUCCUUAAUACUCAAUGGCGUCUCUACAAUUCGGUUGCUGGUGAGUAAAGGUUUCUUUUCUUUGUUGUUGCAUAUUUUGUUUGGCAGAGUAAUUCAGGCACCAAGCUAAUACUUGCCGACCAUUAAUUAGUCUUUGUUAUGAAAAUUCAGACAACCAUUUGUCAUUUUGUUGUCUAAGCAAAAACAUUCCUGUUAAUGGUAUUGGUCUUGGAGGCGAGUUCUUGUCA